UACCAUCGAUGUUUUUUCCAGCUCUAUUGUUUACGUUUGAAAACGUUUCUUAAUUAAAAAUGUCAAAAGUUCCAAUUAAACGUUAUAGAAGAGAAUCAAAGUCAUCUGGCGAUGAGGAGGCACUGGCUAACGAUGAUUAUGUUCCAUAUGUGCCGGUCAAGGAGCGAAAGAAACAGCACAUGAUGAAACUUGGCCGCAUCGUUCAACUGGCCUCAGAAACAAAUCAGCACAAAUCGUCCAGCGAGAACGAGAACGAUGACGACUCUCAGGGUGCUCAAGAUGCGGAGACCUAUGGUCGCAAGUACAACAUCAGUUUACUGGAUCAACACACGGAGCUGAAGAAAAUUGCUGAAGCCAAAAAGCUAAGUGCCGUUGAGAAGCAGCUAAGGGAAGAGGAGAAGAUCAUGGAGAGUAUAGCCCAGCAGAAGGCUUUGAUGGGCGUUGCUGAAUUGGCCAAAGGAAUCCAGUAUGAGGAACCAAUAAAGACAUCUUGGCGGCCGCCACGCUACAUUCAGGCUAUGCCUGAGAAAGAGCGCCAGGCUAUUCGUAAACAGCUCAGAAUAUUGGUGGAAGGCGAAAAUCCGUGUCCACCUAUAAGCAGUUUUCGCGAGAUGAAGUUUCACAAGGGAAUCCUAAAUGGAUUGGCAGCAAAGGGAAUAAAAACGCCCACGCCCAUUCAGGUGCAAGGAUUACCCACGGUGCUGUCUGGCCGUGAUCUGAUUGGCAUAGCCUUCACGGGAUCAGGAAAGACUUUGGUCUUUGUGCUGCCCAUUGUAAUGUUCGCUCUGGAACAGGAAUACAGUUUGCCAUUCGAGAGGAAUGAGGGUCCCUAUGGUCUCAUCAUUUGCCCCUCUCGAGAGUUGGCCAAACAGACGCACGAGAUCAUUCAGCAUUAUAGCAAGCAUUUACAGGCCUGCGGUAUGCCUGAGGUGCGAUCUUGUCUGGCAAUGGGUGGAUUACCAGUCAGUGAAGCCUUGGACGUGAUAUCCCGCGGAGUGCACAUUGUAGUCGCCACUCCAGGCCGACUAAUGGACAUGCUGGACAAAAAGAUUCUCACCCUUGACAUGUGUCGUUAUUUGUGCAUGGACGAGGCAGAUCGUAUGAUAGACAUGGGUUUCGAAGAGGAUGUGCGCACAAUAUUCUCCUUCUUUAAGGGCCAGCGACAGACGCUUCUUUUCUCAGCCACCAUGCCGAAGAAGAUUCAGAACUUUGCACAAACCGCCCUGGUUAAACCUGUUACCAUUAAUGUGGGCAGGGCAGGUGCCGCCUCCAUGAAUGUAACCCAACAAGUGGAAUAUGUAAAGCAAGAGGCCAAGGUGGUCUACUUGCUAGAUUGCCUUCAAAAGACUGCCCCGCCCGUGCUGAUAUUUGCGGAAAAGAAACAGGAUGUCGACUGCAUACACGAGUACCUCCUACUCAAGGGAGUCGAAGCGGUGGCCAUACACGGCGGCAAGGAUCAAGAGGAGCGCUCUCGUGCCGUUGACGCCUAUCGUGUGGGCAAAAAAGAUGUGCUAGUUGCCACAGAUGUUGCCUCUAAAGGUCUCGAUUUCCCCAAUGUCCAGCAUGUCAUCAAUUACGACAUGCCCGAUGACAUUGAGAACUAUGUCCAUCGCAUUGGUCGUACGGGUCGAUCAAACACCAAGGGCUUGGCCACAACACUAAUUAAUAAGAUUACCGAGCAAUCGGUGCUGCUCGAUCUAAAGCAUUUGCUUAUCGAAGCCAAACAGCAGGUGCCUGACUUUCUGGACGAACUGGCGCCAGAGGCAGAGCAUCAACAUCUCGAUCUGGGCGACUCACAUGGCUGCAGCUAUUGUGGCGGUCUGGGCCAUCGUAUCACUGAGUGCCCCAAACUGGAGGCGGUACAAAGUAAACAGGCCUCAAAUAUUGGACGACGGGAUUAUCUAUCAAACACAGCCGCCGAUUAUUAGGUUUACACUUCUGACCAUUGCAACUGUCACUUAAAGAACUUAGAUAAACUUAAGAUGAAAGAAAGAAAAUUAUAUUUAAUAUUCAGUUUCCAGACAAAACUACGCCUCAAA